AUGACCGAGGAGCAGAGAAAGGCGCUGGCACGCUCGGAGCCCCCCAAGGAGUACUCACCGCAGCGCGCGGCGGCCAAGUACGGCAAGCGACCGGGCGAGGUCGCCGUGCGCGUCGCGCAGAUCGGAACAUCCCUCGGCGGGUUCAUCCUGGACGUCCUCAUCGACAACCAGCGCGGAGAGUUCGAGAAGAACGCGCCCAAACGCGCCGAUCAGCUCAGACGCAAGCUCACCGAGCUCGGGCCCGCGUUCGUCAAGGUUGGCCAGGCGCUCAGCACGCGCCCGGACCUGCUUCCGGCUCAGUACCUCGACGAGCUCACGUCCCUGCAGGACGCUCUGCCCACGUUCUCGGACGCGGAUGCCUUCGAGACGGUGGAGCGAGAGCUCGGCCGGCCGCUGGAUGCGAUGUUCGCGACCAUCACGCCGAGCCCCAUCGCGGCGGCUUCGCUGGGUCAGGUGUACCGCGCGACGCUCAUCGGCAGCGGGAAGGAGGUGGCGCUCAAGGUGCAGCGGCCGAACAUCCCGAAGGGUUUGGAGCUGGAUUUUCACCUCAUCCGCGUGGGCGCCGCGUUUGCCGAUCGCUUCGUGGAUUCGCUGAACACGUCAAUCGUCGACUUGGUGGAUGAGUUCGCGGCGCGGGUGUUCCAGGAGUUGAACUACGUCCAGGAGGGUCUCAACGCCGAGCGGUUCGCUCGUCUGUACGGGGACAGGCCGGACGUCGUGGUUCCGGGGAUCGAGUGGGAGUACACGUCCCCGCGGGUCAUCACCAUGGACUGGGUGCAGGGAACGAAGCUCAGCGAGCAGGAUUCCCUCAGGGCGCAGGGGCUGGACGUGCUGCAGCUGGUGGACACCGGCAUCCAGUGCUCGCUGCGUCAGCUGCUGGAGUUUGGGUACUUUCACGCGGAUCCCCACCCGGGUAACCUGCUGGCCACCCCCGAGGGAAAGCUCGCGUUCCUGGACUUUGGAAUGAUGAGCGAAACUCCGGAGACGGCGCGGUACGCCAUCAUCAACCACGUGGUGCACCUCGUGAACAGGGACUACCAGGCCAUGGCGCAGGAUUACUACGCCCUGGAGUUCCUCGACGAGUCCGUCGACGUCGCACCGAUCGUCCCGGCUCUGGCGGACUUUUUCGACGACGUCCUGGAGGCGAGCGUGGACCAGCUCAACUUCAAGACCAUCACGGAUGGGCUCGGCGGCGUCCUCUACCAGUACCCGUUCAACGUCCCGGGUUACUACGCCCUGAUCCUCCGUUCGUUGACCGUGCUCGAGGGUCUCGCGCUGACCACGGACCCGAAGUUCAAGGUGCUGGGCAAGGCUUAUCCGUACAUGGCGCGCAGGCUGCUGACGGAUCCCAGGCCCCAGCUGCGAGACGCGUUUGCGGAGCUGCUUUUUAAGGAUGGCCAAUUCCGAUGGAACCGGCUGGAGAACUUGCUGCGGGAGGGCGCCAAGAGCGACGAUUACGACGCCAAGGCGGUGAUCCCGCCGCUCGUGGAGCUCAUCGUCGGGGAGGACAAGCCCGGGGAGGUGAACACGCUCCGGCCGCUGGUGGUGGCGGAGGCGGUGAAGGUUGUGGAGGCGCUCCUGCUGGGGCAGACUGUCGAGACGGCGCGAAGCGAGCAGCUCGCGCCGCUCGUGGCGCUCCUGCCCGAGCAGCUCAAGCGUCUGCCGCCCAUGCGCGUGGGCAGCGACACCGAGGAGGAGGAGCUCAUGGCGCUCAGGGCGCAGGUGCUGAGGGUAUCGGAGAUGCUAUCGUCGUCCAAGGGCUUUGACCCGUCCGCGAUGGAGCCGCUCGCGCAGGCGCUGCAGCAGCCCGCGGCGAGGAGUUUCAUCGAGGCGGUCAUCACCGGAGUGGGCACGCGCGUCACCGCCAGGCUCAUCAAGGAGCUGCUGGGUGACUCGUCGAGCGCGAGCAACGGCGGCGGCGGGAAAGGGGCGGCGCCUAACCCGACGGCGGCGGCGGCGAGGUAA